AUGAAAACUUUAGCUGAAAAGCCUAGGACUGAAGUUUCCUUUGAGAUAGGAGACUGGGUUUAUGUUAAACUAAAGUCGUACAAACAAGUAACUCUUCAUUUGCAAAAGAAUCACAAACUGGGCAGACGUUAUUUUGGUCCUUUCAAGGUCCUCAAGAGAAUUGGUUCAGUAGCUUAUAAGUUGACACUUCCUGAGGCAACCAAGAGUCACCCUAUAUUUCAUGUCUCUAUGCUCAAGAGUUGUGUUGGGACUCCUGAACAACAAGUUACCCCGCUACAAUUGAUUGAUUUUGCAGACCCAACUUCUCAGCUCAAUACGAACCUUGAGGACAAGUUUUCUUUGCAGGGAGGGAGUAUUGUUGUGAACUCAAAUACGUUGGUAGAUGACAAGGAUGACACGGAGAAUGAAAUAAUGGAACAACACAUGGAUAUGCCACGUAGGAGUGCUAGAAAGGUGAUUCCUCCUGCUUAA